GUUGAAUUUUUGUUCAUCUCUGAUAUAUAUAUCUUGAUACCCAUGACGUUAGUGUUGAGUGUUACAUGACUUCGUGACGUUCAGUCCUUCAGUUAAGAUGCUAUCUAUCUGACAUCGGCGUGGGAGGACAACUGGCAAUGGAAGAUAAUGUCACAAAGCAGGCGGACGAAAUUGAGGCGCUGGCAUCAAUAUAUGGAGAUGACUGGAAAGUGGAAGACGAAGUGAAUCGAUCGUACAGCAUCAGCUUAAAGGAAUGUGGUCAAGAGAUCACAUUAUAUUUCAUAUUGCCACCCGAAUACCCAUCUACAGCACCUCCGAAGUAUCAGCUGUCAGCACCGGGACUAAAACCCGAAGAAAAAAAUUUGAUUAUUUCCGCCCUUGAUGAACUAAGUAUAUUACAGUGUGGACAAACAGUGAUAUAUGAAUGGGUUGAAAAAGUAAGGGAGUUGGUUCAAGAUUUUUUGCCAUUAGAUAAGGGUACUGAAGAUUUUGGCAUUGACAGUGCUGCAUUCACAUCAGUCACCUGUGAACAGCAGGAAUAUGAAUUUGAACUACCACAAAUAAUACAUGGAGAGACAAUCACUGAUCGAAAAAGUGUCUUUCAAGGCCAUGCUGCACCAGUGUUCUAUGCAGAACAAGUCAAGGCAGUUUUACAGAAGCUAUAUGAAAAUAAGAAAAUAGCUAAUGCAACUCACAACAUGUAUGCCUAUCGAAUUUUCAAAGAUGAUACAAAAUCAUUUCUGCAGGAUUGCGAGGAUGAUGGUGAAACACAUGCUGGAGGAAGGCUGCUUCAUCUAUUGCAGAUUCUAGAUAUGAAAAAUGUGCUGGUGGUAGUAACUCGUUGGUAUGGUGGCGUACUUCUGGGACCAGACAGAUUUCGACAUAUUAACAAUGCUGCUCGACAAGUACUGGAGCAAGGUGGAUUUGUACAAAAAAGUGAUACAAACCAACACAGAAAAAAGAAGAAAUGACGUUCUGCUGUUUCAGGAAUAACAGGAAUAAUUUGGUACUUAUGAAUGUAAAUAAACAAUUUUGUUGAACAUUAA